UGUGGCCCAUAAUCUUGAUGACUUUUCUGAUCAUAAUCGGCUGCGCGGCCUACAUAACAUAUUACUUUUUACAAGUUGGACCUAAAAAGUGUGAGUACCACGACGUCCCGGUGUGCCCAGGUGUCAGCUUUGAGGGUGUCAUGUUUCCUAACACACUAGGGCAUCAAGAUCUGGCCACAGCAAUGAAAUCCGCCAUGUAUUCGUCGCUGGAGAGCACGGUCCCUUGCUUUAACUGUUCUGAGUACCUCGUUCUCGUGAUUUGUGACAAGUUGUUCCCACCCUGCCGCCAUGAUGCCCAAGGCCGUGAGUUGUUGGCUUCGACCUGUGCUGAUACGUGCACAGCUGCGGUGGCUUCCUGCCAGGCAGAACUGCAGUACAUGGGGAUCGACAAAGACAACUUAUGCACUGGUAUGGAGAAUGCUUCUUCUGACGAUCUCGAUAUUCCGGACUGUCAUUGGCACCAGUGGCCAAUGAAUGAGACUCAGUCGUCACUUCCGGUUCCGGCUGACUGUACCCAAGUAAUGCAGGGAUUGGUUGGUAAUGUAAAUAAAAAUGUCAAGACCGACUUCCAGUGCAGUAACGGGACGUUCAUUCCAGUGACUUUGCUAUGUAACGGCCGAGGAGACUGCGCUGACGAAAGUGACGAACAGAAUUGCCCUUCUGUCGGUUGUGGCAGCCUCGAGUUUUCGUGCCAAGAUGGCGUUUGCAUAGACGCUUCUUUGGUCUGUAACGAUAGAAACGAUUGUGUGAACGGAAGAGACGAGGCGGACUGCCCAUGUGAUUCAUCCGAAUUCCGCUGCACAAAUGGCCAGUGUGUCCGAAACAGCAAGACCUGUGACGGCAGUGACGAUUGCGGCGACGGAAGUGACGAAAUGAACUGCGCGUCAACCUGUGGCUCUUUGUUCACCUGCGGUAACGGCCAAUGCAUCCCUAACCGACUGGAGUGCAACGGGGUCGACAACUGUGGAGAUGGCACCGACGAAAUUAAUUGCAGGUGCGACGGCAUGUUUUGCCUUGAUGGACGAUGCAUACAAAAUAACCAGAUAUGCAAUGGGCGCCCUGACUGCGAUGACGCACGCGACGAAACCGACUGCCCGUGUGAAGAGUCCGAAUUCCGCUGCACGAAUAGCACGUGCAUCCAAGACGUCAAGAUCUGUGACAGCAUCGAUGACUGCGGCGACGGAAGUGACGAAACAAACUGCACCAUCACGCCGACUUGUGAUGCUUUCUACUUCACCUGCAAUAACGGCGAGUGCGUUUAUAGGCUAUGGCAAUGUGAUGGGGAAGCUGACUGUGAAGACGGUAGUGAUGAGGAGGGUUGCGUGUGCAGCGGCAUGUACUGCGCUGAUGACAGCUGCGUACGGCAGGACCAGAUCUGCAACUAUCGCUCUGAUUGCGAUGACGGGCGUGACGAAGUGAAUUGCACGUGCGACCGUUUUCUUUGCCAUGACGAGUCCGGGUGCGUCUACGACUCUUGGUUGUGUGACGGUGAGGAUGACUGCACGGACGGAAGUGACGAAAUCAACUGCACCAUAACGUGUGACAUGUUCUUAUGCGCCAACGGGAAGUGCAUUUAUACCUUUUGGACGUGCGACCUGACCGACGACUGCGGAGACGGUAGUGACGAAGAGAACUGCACAUGUGGUGAGUUCCUUUGCGCUAACGGCAAAUGCAUAUACGACAACUGGCACUGCAACGGACUCGACGAGUGCGGUGACGGAAGUGACGAAAUAAACUGCACGUGCGACGGUUUUGAAUGCACUAGAGGAAAAUGCAUCAGACUUUCGUGGCAGUGUGACGGCGAAGAUGACUGCGGGGACCACAGCGACGAGAAAGGCUGCCCGUGUGAAGAGUCCGAGGUCCGCUGCCCGGAUGGGCUGUGCGCCCAAAACAACGAGACGUGCUACGCAGUUGAGUCUCAUUGUGGUUCGUUUUUCACCUGCGCAAACGGCGAUUGUAUUUUACAUUCGUGGGUGUGUGACAAGGAGGAUGACUGUGGGGACGGGAGCGAUGAAGUGGGUUGCUAGUGUGAUGUCGUUUAUUGUGAUGAUGAUCGCCGCAAACAGAAUAACGGGACAUCCAAUCCUCGCCAUGGUAAUAAUGACGUUUGACCAAUUACAUGAUACCUCAUAGUGGAACCAGAGUCGGAAAUAGCCUCGCUUUGCAAAAUGUAAGCCUACUGAGUAAUGUACUCUACGAGCCGCACGAGGUUACCGAAGAACAUUAAUCAGUUGUUACUGGGUGAGGAAAUAAGUGAGAUAAAUGGAUACAGUUUUCAAUAUCUCUUAAUGAACCAAUUCUUGUCAGAACUACUAGACGGACCGUAGCAGACGGUAUAAAUACGCCGUCAACUUCUAGGAAAAUUAUUAUUAACUAUAU